AUGGCGCCUCAAACCUACUUUGAGCGAGUUCGAUCCCGCACCGCACUGCGCAAGCACAUGGGCAGUACUGCACCGCUCCGCCAGUGGCUGCAGAGUAACCUGCGCUCAGCGAGCAGUUGGAGCACGACAGAGCUUUACGCCAGCCGAGUCGUUGUGCGCCAUGUCCGAGGCGGCGUCCUACAGUAUCCCGACCCGACCAAGACUGGCGCGGUCCUCACGGCGCCUCCAGAGCAGCCCGGCGAGGAACUGUCCAAAAUUAUUGCCCCGCUGCGGCCCGGCGAGAAACUCCCAACUGAGACGGAGCUCGUGCACCGGCUGGGCGGCACCGCGGGCGUGUUUUGGGCAGCGCUGCACUGCUGCACCCACCCACCCGCAGUCUCGGUCCCCCAAGAUCGCAUGGACAGCUGGCUGGAGGACACGACUGUGCAGCUCGCCUCCACGUUCCUGCGGCAUGCCCUGAUUUACUGUCCGCUGCAGCUCGUGUCCGCCGGCAAUAUCAAUCCACGAAUGUUGCUCGAAUUUUCGGGCGUACGACAGCGCAUGGUGGCCACCCUCGGGACUGGUGGCCUCUCGUUCGAGGCUACGGCCGACGGCAAAGUGGCCGUGCUAUAUCAAAAUAGCACUGGCCACUUCACGGAUCGCAAAGAGACAGUCGCUUUGCUAGACGCAAAAAAACGCGUCAAGAAGGUGCGGGAAGGGAAACCAAUCUUCACCGACCAAGUUUUAGGUCAGAUCGUCGGCGAGGCCCUCGCGCUACGAUUGUCGCAAGCUGCAAAGGCAACGGGCCUUCGCAAUGAGACCAUUGUUGUGAUUAGCGCUGUAAAGCACUACUUGUGCUUUGUCGGUGUUCAUAUCCCCGCCGCGUAUGUCGAGAAGAAUCAAAAUCGCGGAAACGAAGAGGACGAACAUGGUCAAGAGGGCGAGCAGGGCGAGCAGGGCGAGGAGGACGGGGAGGACGGGGAGGACGGGGAGGACGAGGAGGACGAGGAGGACGAGGAGGACGAGGAGGAGAGCCAGGAUGAGGACUGCGGGGAGAUUAUCACAUUGCGUGUUACCGACUGGCUCGACCUCAGCACGGAACACUGCCGCCAGCUUGCUUGCAAAAACAUCGCAGCUUUUGUCAAUUGGCAGCAAAAGGUUUCGCAAUCAGCUUAG